CUCACCCUCCCGCCCGCAGACCAGCCGCCUCCUUGGAGAACUCCUAAAGUGUCGCGUUCAAUCCCAGGGGGUGUGGCCGCGCCUUUGGCUCCCCAGGGGGCUGCCCCUUUCGGAGCGGCACUUCCUCCUCCUUUGCCUGCGGUGGCCACGGCGCCCGCCGCGCUCCAUCCCUGCGCCCCGGCUCCCGCCCCGCCGAUGUGCCAACUGCUCUCCACCUGGGACGCGCGCACCAUGGACUCGGGACCUGGCUUUCGGAGACAGGCCGCCUUUUGGUUGGACAAUUAGCGGAGGUGGGCGGGGAGUUGACGAACCCCACACACGCGCUUCUCCAUGAAGAUUCUUGAGCUUUCUUUGAAGAAAGGAGUGCAUAUGCUGCAGUGUCUUUGUGGAAGGAGCCUCAGGACCAGCAACAGCCUAAGCGAACCCCAGCUGAAAGGAAUUGUGACAAGGUUAUUCAGCCAGCAGGGAUAUUUCCUGCAGAUGCACCCAGAUGGUACCAUUGACGGGACCAAGGACGAAAACAGUGACUACACCCUCUUCAAUCUAAUUCCCGUGGGCCUGCGUGUGGUAGCCAUCCAAGGGGUGAAGGCCAGCCUCUAUGUGGCCAUGAAUGGUGAAGGCUAUCUCUACAGCUCAGAUGUUUUUACUCCAGAAUGCAAAUUUAAGGAAUCUGUGUUUGAGAACUACUAUGUGAUCUAUUCUUCCACACUGUACCGUCAGCAAGAAUCAGGCCGAGCAUGGUUUCUGGGACUCAAUAAAGAAGGUCAAAUUAUGAAGGGGAACAGGGUGAAGAAAACCAAGCCUUCAUCACAUUUUGUACCAAAACCUAUUGAAGUAUGUAUGUACAGAGAGCCAUCACUACAUGAAAUUGGAGAAAAACAAGGGCGUUCGAGGAAAAGCUCUGGAACACCAACCAUGAAUGGAGGCAAAGUCGUGAAUCAAGAUUCAACAUAGCUGAGAACCCUUCCCUUCGUCUUUCUCUCAUCCCUUCCCUCCAUCCCGCCCCCCCACCCCAUUUCCUUCCAAUAAAUCUACCCAAGAAGAGAAAAAUAAAAUGGCAACACAGGACCUAGUGGCUAUGAUUCUGCACUCAAAAUCUUUCUUUGUGUAGGACAAGACAAUUGAACCAAAGCUUGCCUGUUGCAAUGUGGUAGAAAACUCAGAUGCACAAAGAUUAGCACACAUAUAAGCAAUGGGAAAAAUAAAUGAAGACUCCACACACAUUAAAGUAAACUGUGCUGUUAUUAAUAGAAGGCUAAUUGUAAUAAAGACAUAACUAAUAAAGAUGAUAUAAGGUUAUUACCUUAAAAAGGUUUUGGAGAAAAGAACUUACAAAUUGAUGUAAUACCCUUAAUAUCUUGAAGUCUGGAUAAUGCUGUGAUGUGUGCUUUGUUUUGAUUUUGCAUUUUCUUUGGGCAUUUGGAAUUGACACAUAAUUACAUCCUGUUUCCUGGAUUUUUUUUAACCAUGAUAUUGAACAUGUAUGAAUUAUAGGUUGUUCUAAUGCUGCUAAGGUAUGUAGCCAGGAAUCACUUAACAUCAAGAAAAGUUUAAAAAUUGAUUCUUAAAGUUUUUAUUAAGAUUUUUUUAGUUGAGAAAUAGUCUUGUGUUGAAUCUAAUGGUAUUAGCUGAUUUCAUUCCUUCAUAGAAUUUCAGAUUCUCCUAAAAGCAUAUCAUAUUUUUAUCAAAGGUAUUAAUCUAGAAUCUUAUUUUUAGUAAUUUAGAAAAAAAAUCUUUUUUCUAAGGCUGAAGUAACUUUUGGGAAUUAUUUGUUAAUAGCAUGCUCUGGCAGUGAUGUACAAGUACAUGCUCUUGCUAUUUGGUCUGACUUCUAAUUUAUGGACACCUUUGAGGGUAUAGGUAGGUAUAUAUCUAGCUGUCUUAGAGAGUUUUGUACCAUCUCUUGCAGCAGGAAAGAAGGAAGAGAGUUUUACGUAAGUAAGUACAUCCUGGGAAAUUUGUCAAAGCAAAUUGCAUUUACCUUUAUAAUUUACAAGGGUUUUAUGUAUACAGCAUUUUCCAAACUCUGCCAUGAUAUUAGGAGGCAUAGCUGUGAAAUUCCUAACCUACUGUCUUAUAAAGCAGGUGGCUCGUUUGUUGCUAUCUAUCCUCAUUUGUAAGUCUAUGUGGCAAUAAGUGUGUCUCCUAGAACACAGAGGAGUCCUUGUAAUAGACUGAAUUUUCCAGUGGCAUAGAGAAACAAUAUGGAAUUAACAGCUAUAGUUCCAACAGACGGGGUUGUAUGAGCAGCUUAAAAUAGUCAAAAAAAAACCAAAAAGCAAAAAACAAUGUAAGACUAGGCAAAUGCACAGUUAGAAAUACUAAAAUAUUAGGAAAAUAUUAGGGAAGAAAUGAACAUUACACAAUUGUCUUGGAAAAAAAUAUAUCUACUUAGUCCUACAAAUCAGGAAUGGUAUAGAGACAUCCAAAUUAAAACAACAAAAAAAGAAUGUUAAAAAAUGUAUGCAGAUUUAUGGAUAUUAUCAAUGAGAUGACUUAGCAUGUUACUUCUCCUAUAACUCUACUGUCCAGCAUGUAUUGUUCCAAAUAUGACUCCCUAAAAUAUAUACACUUUGCAGAA